UUUGUGGUUUUCGGUUGGGCGCCAUUUUGAUUAAAGUAAUGUGAGGGAGGAUUGUUGGCGAUACUGUUAGAUAUUUUCUCAAUUUAAACGAAUUUAUACCCGAGUCGACUGACGUUUGACGGAGACUAAACCAUUUGAGGACACCGAAUAUGGCUACGGGCGCAAAUGCAACUCCUUUAGGGAAGUUGCACCCCAGUAUUGGCGCUAAACGAGGAUUUGACGCUGGGCCUGGUGCUGGGAACGGGUUGAUGCCAACACCGGGGCCGCCUGCAGCCUUUCCUUCUAUACAAGCUUUCCAGCCUGCGAUGCCGAGCGCAUCUUUUCCGCAACCACAUCAGUUCAAUCCUGGGACAAAUUUUUCGACCCCGGCUCAACAACAACCGGCUACGGGGGGCGGACUGGCCAAACCAGAUUUCAGUCAGAAGAAAUCAAGGAAGAAGAGUCGCUGGAGCAGCGAGACACCUGAUCAGAAGACAGUUAUACCAGGCAUGCCCACUGUUAUUCCCCCUGGACUGACCCGUGAUCAAGAGAGAGCCUACAUAGUCCAACUGCAGAUUGAAGACCAGACUCGUAAACUGCGUACAGGAGACCUGGGAAUCCCUGUUAACCCUGAGGACAGGUCUCCUUCUCCGGAGCCCAUCUACAACAGCGAGGGCAAGAGGUUAAACACCCGCGAGUAUCGCACACGAAAGAAGAUCGAGGAGGAGCGUCACUCGCUCAUCACUGAGAUGGUUGGCCUCAACCCUGACUUCAAACCUCCUGCCGACUAUAAACCUCCAGCCACCAGAGUCAACGACAAAGUUAUGAUCCCCCAAGAUGAAUACCCUGAAAUCAACUUUGUUGGUCUACUAAUCGGGCCACGUGGUAAUACAUUGAAGAACAUUGAGAAGGAGUGCUGCGCCAAGAUCAUGAUCCGAGGUAAAGGCUCUGUGAAGGAGGGGAAAGUGGGCCGAAAGGAUGGACAGAUGCUGCCAGGGGAAGAUGAGCCUCUGCAUGCCCUGGUCACCGCCAACACAAUGGAGAACGUCAAGAAAGCUGUAGAGCAGAUACGCAACAUUCUGAAGCAAGGCAUUGAGACGCCCGAGGAUCAGAAUGACCUGCGAAAGAUGCAGCUGAGGGAGCUGGCCAGACUUAAUGGCACACUGAGGGAAGACGACAACAGGAUCCUUCGCCCCUGGCAGAACUCUGAGCCACGCAGCAUCACCAACACCACCCUCUGUACCAAGUGUGGUGGAGCAGGCCACAUCUCCUCUGACUGCAAGUACACCAGCUCAUUCGCUGCUCACAGAGCGACGGGUGGCGAGCCCCCUCAGUCAGCCCAGGACAAGGCUCGUAUGGACAAGGAGUAUCUUUCCCUGAUGGCUGAGCUAGGGGAGGCUCCGGUCCCCACAUCUGGUGGAGGACACUCCAACAACCACGGAGGAGGGCCUCGGUCCUCAUCACAAAACAAUAACCAGCCACCACCGCAGAACCGGCCUCCUUGGAUGAACUCUGGUCAGAAUGAUAACAGGAGCUACCAUGGCAUGCAUGGAGGUCAUGGAAGUCAUGGAGGCCAUGGAGGAGGUCAUGGUGGCCAUGGAGGAGGCCAUGGAGGACCCCACAACUUCCCUCCCCCGAUGCCCAGCAUGGGAGGUCCCCCUAUGCCCCCCAACCCCAAUGGCCUGCCUCCCCCCUGGAUGCAGCCUCCUCCGCCUCCCAUGGGCCAGGGUCCAGGACCUCACGGACACCCCAUGGGUCUGCUGCCACCUCCAAUGGGCAUGAUGCCACCUCCACCUCCUCCCCCAAGCAACCAGCCGCCUCCUCCCCCCGCUGGACCUCUGCCACCAUGGCAACAACAAGCUCCACCUCCCCCUCCAACGAGCAGCAUGGCAACCAGUACACCGCUACCCUGGCAACAGAAUACCACCACAACGUCCAGCCCUGGCAGCGGCACCCUGCCUCCAUGGCAGCAGCCCCAGCAGCCUGCGACCUCUGGAGCCCAGCCCCCACCACCCCUGGGUACCCCAUCCAUGGUGCCGCCUCCCCCUGGCGUCCAGCCCCCGUUGCCUCCAGGAGCCCCUCCUCCUCCCCCUCCACCACCUCCAGGCUCAACUGGCAUGAUGUAUGCCCCCCCACCUCCCCCCCCACCCAUGGACCCUUCCAACUUUGUCACCAUGAUGGGGAUGGGGGUACCGGGGAUGCCCCCCUUCGGCAUGCCUCCAGCCCCUCCACCUCCUCCACCUCAGAAUUAACCCUGCCACAGAAGAAUCGUCCUCCCACAAGAGUUUCCACCCUUCAGCACAUUGUGGAUGUGUGCUCACAGAAAAAGUAUAACCAGUGCUUUAUUUUUUAUUGAUCCUGGAUAUUGUGAUGGCAUUUCUGAAACAAUGAAAGGUUGUGUUAGUUAAAUUUGUAAAGUUGCGUAACUUUAGUAAAUGAGUUAUUUUUCCCGUUUUUAAAGUUUGUGUUAACAGAAAGCUCCUUGUGUGCAUACAAACAUUUUUGCUCUCGGGCACAUUCUGCAUUGCUCCCGUAGUUUGUCACAUUUCUUGUAUACCAAAUAAACUGCUCAAAUAGCCGGCCAGAAGAUUAAUAUUUGCUCAACAGUCUCAUCGCUUCAAAUGUUCAAUUCAGACCAUAACACUGCUCUAUUAUUGGAUUUAAUAUAUUGAAGUUCAACUUGCAUGAUCCAUUGUAAACACCUCACUCACAAAUUUAUACUGUUAUGUUCCCUAUGUUGGCUUUGAGUUGAAAUAAGAUUAAUAUUUUUGUAAUAACGAGAUGUGAAGUGUAUCUUAGUUCUGUCAGAAAACCUUUUUGUAGUAACUGUCUCAGAUUGUUUUCCAGAAAUUCCCAGGGUUUUAAUUGUUUUUCUUUUGUUACUUGCCUGCGUCUCAGUUGUGACAUUAAGUUUGAAAAUGGGGACUUGAUGCUGCGAUCUUCCAGCUUCUGACCCCCUGCACUACUUGAAUGCUAAAAAUCUGAUAUACCCUUGUUUUUCUUAAUCUCUUGCUCUGAUAAGAAGCUGUGUGCAGUGUUUGUGUUGCUUCUGCAAGGACAAAAAUAUCAGUUUUGUCCCUCGAAUUAUUAGAGAAGAAAAAUGUUAGUUUUACUCUGUUUUCUGGAAUCAGUCUUUUGUGUUUCUGGCGCUAGCCUGAAUGAAAAGCUGUUGAAAUCUUGCUUGGUUUAACAUUAAACUGAUCCAUUUCACCUUUU